UACCGCCACGUAAAAUGAAAUUGAUAACAACAGAAACAACGAGAAAAGAACACGGAACACUGGGAUUAAUUUACAAAUCCUAAGCUUGGUCGAAAUCAAUCUUUUUUAUCAUGACGAGGGAAGAAAGGAGCAAGAAGUUAAAAGAAGCUCGGACAACCAAGGUCGUAAUUCGCUGCCUACCACCAGCUCUGACGGAAGAAGAGUUUCGAGAAAUUGUCGACCCUUUUCCUGAUAAUGAAUAUUUCUACUACGUAAAAGCUGAUAGAAGUCUUGGAGAGCAUGCCUACUCACGGGCAUACAUCAACUUCAUGAAGGAGGAAGAUAUCAUCCCUUUCAGAGAUACAUGGGACGGACAUGAGUUUGACAAUGGACAAGGUUUGGUGUACCCAGCAGUGGUUGAGUUUGCUCCGUACCAGAAAGUUCCUAAAGUGAUUGGGAAGAAGGUUGAUGCAAGAACAGCAACGAUUGAGGAGGACUCUGAUUACAAGAAGUUUGUGGAGACAUUGAACGCCGAGAUUGAACAUCCCACUAGCGCAGAAACUAUGCUGGAAGAGAUCGAGAUGAGAGCAAAAGAACCUGGAAAAGUAAUGACACCAUUGAUAGAAUUUCUGAAGGUGAAGAGACAGGAGAGAAUUAAAGCGAGAGAUGAAGCGAGAGAGGAAAGACGUCGGAAGGAGAAGGAAAGACGGAUCAAGCUCGAGGAGGAGAAAAGAAGAAAGAAGGAAGAGGAACGGCGCAAGAAGGAACGGGAGAAAGAAAGGGAGAAAAGGGAUAAAGAGAAAAGUGGAAAGGAAAAGGAAGACAAAGACAAAGGAAAAGGGAAAACAGAACCAAAAAUAACACUUCUUAAGAAACCAGCAGCUGACAACAAGGAAGAAUUCACCAACAAAGGCUCAGACUCACAUCCAGACAGAGAUAAGAAGAGAGACAUGGAGAAAGAAAUGAGACGACCUGGCGACUCGUACAACGACAGAGUGAGGGAUCAAGAUUUGAAGGGAGGAAGGAGGGAUGAUCCCAGAGAUGGAGGACGGAGGGAUAGAAACAGAGGUCCUCUGAGAGAUGAUGUGAAAUCUCGGGAUAGGCCUAGAAAAGAUGACGGGUACAAGGAUGAUAAGAAGGGAGAUGGUGGGAGACUAAGACGGGACUCUGAUCAGGGGAGAGACAGAACGCAGGAUGGAUGGAAAGGCAAGGACAGAGCAGAUGACAGGAGAAGAGAAGAGAGAGGUGGAGAGAAGAGAGACAGUGGACGGCCGGGGAGCAGGGAGCAAGAGAAGAGGACUGACAGACCGGAUGAUAGGGGCGGGAGGAGAGAUGGAAGGGGUGGAGUCGCUGCUGGUGGUGGUGGUGGUAGGAAGGAGAAAGGUUCAGCAUCUGAUACCAAGAAGGAGGACUCGACAUCAUCAUCUGCGUCAAGCCCCACAUCAUCGACGGCUCAGGAUAAGGAUGGAAAGAAGGAGGAGAGAUCCAAGAAUGAAAUGGGGGAGAAGCGAGAGGACAAAAGACCACAGAGAAUCCGGAAUAAGGAUCGACCUGCAAUAGCGCUCUACCAACCAGGUCAGAGGUCACUGGUGAGGAAGAAGAGCGAAGAUGACGGGAGGGAUUCCGACUCCUCCAGGGCGAGUGACAGCAAGGAGAAAGCAGAGGUCCCCCGCAGCGGGAGCAGCUCCUCCCUAAAGAGUGAGAAGUCAGAGGGAGGGAAGGGAGGAGGAGGAGGAGGGAGGGAUGGGAGCACAGGAAGCAGAGGAGGGGAAGGAGGAGGGGUAGGGGGUAGGGACAGGGGUGGAGGAGGUAGGAGGGACCAGGGCAAAGAGAGUGGCAAGGUAGUAGAGAGGGACAGAUACGGGGGUCUCUUGGAGAGGAUGUAA